AUGGGUGGCGGAGGUGGAGUCGGCAUUGGAGGCGGCCUCAGCGGAGGGCUCAGCAGCGGUCUCAGUAGUGGCCUCAGUAGUGGCCUCAGCAGUGGUAGUGGCAGCGGUGGCGGCAGUAGCAGCAGCAGUGCAGCUGCCCUCAAUGCUGCUGCCACCUUGCAUUGUCUCACCUCAUGGUGGCGGCAGCAGCAGCAGCAUCGGCGGCAUGGCGGCAUUGGCGGCAGCGGCGGCGGCGGCGGCGGUAGUAGUAGCAGUCUCGGUGGUGGCGUGCAUGCGGGCUUGGGUCUCACUGCAAUGGGCUAUGGCUGCCGGCUCAGCGGUUUGAGUGCAUUCGGUAGCGGUGCAAGCAGUUUAGCGCUUGGCGGCAGUAGCAGUGGCAGCAGUAGCGCCAGUGGCGGUGGCGUUGGCUCAAAUCAUCACCACCACCAUCAUCAUCAUCAUCACAAUGGUAUUGUUGGCGGCGGUGGCAACAAUUUGAAUAUAGCAACAGCAACCCUAACGGCUGCUCCGACGCAUGGUGUCGGCGCAAGCGGCGGCUUCGGCACACUGGGCGGCCUAAGUGUGGGUGUCGGUGUGGGCGUGGGCGUUGGCAUGGGCAUGGGCAUGACUAGUGGCAAUAUCAACUCCAUUGUUGUUGGCAAUCGAUUAAUGAAUACAGGCUUGCCGACGAUAUUGAAAUGAUGCCAUUUCAAUGUGGAAAAUUUUGCAUAGCAAUGAGGAGGCAAGCAAGCAAGUGAGCGUACAACCUGCCACCAGCCAACCAAACGAAUUUGGGCUGCAACAAUACAUACAUAUGCAUAUAAGUAUGUAGUAGAUAUUGGAAUGGCAAGCACAAAGCCGAAAACCGAACAUUGAAAACAAACCAGCUACGCCAUUUCGUGUAAAUCUAGUAGCUGGGGGCAUGAAAUAACUGAUAUAUCUGUAUGUAGGUAUGUAAAUCGACGAAUGUUGGCUACCACCACCACCCCGAUUACACAAUUUUACAUUCAUUUUGAGUACAAAACGAAAAUUGUUCAUGGUUAGCUUAGUGGAUAAUAAAUAAAACUUGUAAAAACUAAAUAAGGAAAAGGAGGCGCAAGAAGGAGCGGCAGUCGUUAUGUUAGUCAUCGAUGUGGCAACCCUCUGUCAUCAUCAACACACGUUGUCUUUGAAUUUCGACCGUGUUUGUGUCGGUUCAACGGUUCGGGAAUUACAACAGAAAGUCAGAUGAUAACCAAAGAUGGUGUUACCAUGGAUAUUUUACAAAAGAAAAAAUUUUCUAUUAAAAAUUGGUCGAAACGAACAUUAACAGUUUAAAACAUGGUUCGGUUUUCUGUUCGGAUUAAACCUUAGUGUGAAAAUUUCGAUUCGGUUAAUGAUUCAGUUAAUUAGUAGAAAAAAGCGGUUCAUCCGGUACAAAACCGAUUCGGUUCAAAACCGGUUCACGUCCCUGUAAGAAACCUACCAAAAAU